GAGCAUGACCCAGUGAAUUGGAUUGGCUUGUGAGCUGUCACCUGUUUCCCCGUCUGUCUGUGACGGAGCAGGCAGUUGGCACGAACUGUGGAAAGGACGGUUUCAGGGUGUGCACUUCAGUGGACAGCUGUUAUCUUUGAAAUGACGUUCAACCCCUCAGAAACGAGCUCAACUAAUCUCUCAUGGGGGCAGUGACGACCAUGGACCCUGAGUCUGCCCGGCAACAUGCCGCUCCGCCCUCUCCCUCGCCACCGGGGAAGCUGGGUAAAGGCGGAGCCGCCCUGAGCUCGGGCCUAGGCGCCGUGCUGGGCACUCGUGGCAAGCACUAUGUCUGUGGUUCCCUUGCUGCCUUCACCAACAUCAUCAUCACGUUCCCGCUGCAGAAGGUGCUCUUCCGGCAGCAGCUGCACGGCGUCCGCGCCACGGAGGCAGUGCAGCAGCUCCAGCGGGAUGGCCUGCGCAACCUCUACCGCGGCCUCCUGCCGCCGCUCCUCCAGAAGACCACCACCGUGGCCAUCAUGUUCGGCCUGUACGAGGACUUCUCGCGGCUGCUGCUGCGGCGCGCUGCCGGUAGCGGCACGCCGGAGAUCGUCACGCGGAGCGUCUCGGCAGCGCUGGCCGGCACGGCCGAGGCGGCGCUCACGCCGUUCGAGCGGGUGCAGACGCUGCUGCAGGACCACCGGCACCACGGGCGUUUCAACAACACGGCGCACACCUUCCGGACGCUUCUGCGUGACUACGGGGUCCGGGAGUGCUACCGCGGCCUGGUGCCGGUACUGCUGCGCAACGGGCCCAGCAACGUGCUCUUCUUCGGCCUGCGCGGGCCUAUCAAGCAGCGGCUGCCUGAGGCGCAAACCCGGGCCGAGCACAUGGUCAACGACUUUGUGUGCGGCGGCCUGCUGGGUGCCGGCCUGGGCAUCAUGUUCUACCCGCUGAACGUGGUGAAGUCGCGGGCGCAGUCACAGGUGGGCGGUGCCUUCGUGCCGUGCCGGCAGGUGCUGAUGACCGUGUGGCACGAGCGGGGCGGCAGCGUGGCCAUGCUCUUCCGAGGGGCGCACCUCAACUACCACCGCUCGCUGUUGUCUUGGGGCAUCAUCAACGCCACUUACGAGCUGCUCCUUAAAGUCACGUGACUUGGGAGUGGUAGGGGAGAGAGGGGGAGGGAGCACGCCGACGCAGUUAGUCGUGCAUCUGGCGGGGGACUCGGACACUACAGCGCUGCACUGCGUUGCGCACUAAGGAUUCACUGAUUUGCCUAAACUGACCUUGAUCUGUAUGUAGUAUGGAUGGAAACUGCCCAUUCAUUGAUGCCAAUUUAAAAAUCCAUCCAGAUGAUUAUUCAAAAGACGCACAAGAAUGCAGCCCAUGUUCUCAGGUACCCAAACUGGUACUGUAGGUUUGAGUCGGUGCCUGUUGUUUUGACUGAGAGAGGAAAGAUUAUGUUGUGCCACAAAUUUUUCCCUUUAUGACCCCAAAGGGAGCUGUAUUGUCCUAGCCAACACAGAUUUAGAGAGAUGCACAAAUAUGGAGAUCUUUGGUGGGGACCAGUGUGGGACAUUGGUCCAUCCAAAUUGCACAUUUCCUAUCUUACUUUGUGUCUGUGUGUUUAAGAACAAAAUAUUACGCAAUGGAAUGAUGGUAGAAAUACAUAAUUACUUGAGGACCAGGAUUCAUGAGAAAUGAAAUGGUUAAUUGAAGAAAAAUGAAAAAAUCCAGCUGCGUUUCAAAUAUUUGUGUGAAAGUUUUCAUGAAUUUGUUGUGUUAUGUGGUGAGGUGUUUAUGUUGUAAGAGUCCAGUAAAACAUGACAUUACUCAUUUCAAAAUGGCCUCUUCUUUCCAAUGUCAACAGCUCUUGCAUGUACAAUCUUACUUCACUUUUGACAUGCGCUAAAAUUAAUUGGAUAUUUGUCUGUUGACUUCUCUGCCUUAAUCCAGUAUGUCCAUGCUCUGUCAGAGUAUUUUCAUCUUCCGUAGAUGUAAUACAGCUUUAAUGAUGGCAAUGUUUGUGUUAAGUGUUAUUAUUGACAUAAGUAGGACAACAGUUUGUUAAUUAAAUUAAAUGUUGACCAGACCAUCAUAUUAUUUGAUAGACUCACCCCCAUGCAGACACAUUAUCUCUCUCUCUCACACACACACACACACCAGAAUGGAUCAUUAUUAGAUACAACAUGUCUGACCCGCAAAACAGCAGACACUGAAUAUUUCCAUCUUUCACAAUCACAAACAAAGUGUAUGGAGCAGCAAAGGAAAAACAGGAUACAGGAGAAUGUCACUAGAAGGGCAUUCAUAUGAAGGAAAAAAGAGUGUGUAUUGUAAGACUGUUGUUUCGUAUUGUAAAGCCUCCAGCACUGUAGUGUUCCAACUGUCUACACUGUAUGGGUGCUAAGGCCCCUCCCCUUCUGGCACAGUCAUGGCCACUCUCUUCCAGCUCGCCGGCGGUAACCUCAGCUGACAUAAUGGGCUCAAUAUUUGAGCUUGAGUAGAGAUGAGCCGCUGUGCAUUUCCCCCUGCCUAGUUCUGCCAUAAAGGAAGGAGAGUGUAAGGCAAACUGCUGAAGAGAGAGAGAGCAAGGCAGAGGGACGAGAAACAGACAUCCAAGACGAGGCGACUGUGGCACACACAGCAUGAGCGCUUCACUAGGAGGCUGUGUGCUCCACUGUGCAGAGCGCUCUGUCACAGCGCGGACUACUACCCUAGUCCCUACCAGAACUACUACUGCUGCCUCACAGACUUUAUCAACUGCAGAGCAAAAGUCUCAAAAUAUGAUAGAAAAGCAAGUGAAGGUUAAGUUGAAAUGCAAGGGAAGCAGCAGAGAGCUGUCAGGAGAAAUUACAGUUGGUGGUGUCUCAUUAUGUGAGUAAACAUUCCCAUGGUAUCAGUGAUUAAGAGAGUAUAGUGAAAGGUGUCUUUAUCAUGUCUUUCCUUUCUCUCCAUCAAACUUUCCCCACUACAUUCACUUCCACAUUAUCACCAGAAGCGCAUUUUUGUGACAAGUUAAAUAUGUAAGAUGCCUUUGUAUGAUUUAGAGCGAAAGGAAAUUGUGGUGACCCAAAUAAAAGGAGAGCUCUGACUGCAACAUUUGACUUUUAAACGGGGGUGAUGGGACAUGCAUACAGCAUUGUUCCAACCAAGGACCGGGUGGAACGAAAGUACAUUCCUCGUUUCCAAGUUUGUUAUUCACUUUUUUGUGAAGUUGUACAUCAUAAUGUAACGUUUUAGGCCUGCUUGUUUGGGUGUAAUAAACACUUUUGUAAUUUGACAAUGAACUAUUUUAUAAAGGUAUCAAUAUCCUCUUGUCUGUUUAUGACCAAAGUAAACCUGUUUUUGGACUCAAA